GCGAGCUCCUUCACAACACAACUGUUCUGUAGAGACGCAGAACCAGCGAGAGCGGACCAUGUCUGGGUUAAUGUUUAGCCUGAGGACCAGCACCUCCGGUCUCACCAAACUCGUCCUGCCUCACCUCUGCAGGAGCGGCUCGUCUAAAAUGUCGUCAGAUUCCCACUGGCUCUCUCCAGCGGACCGAGACCAACAUGUGACUGAGCUGAGGACCACAGGCUGGGUGGAGGUGGAGGACCGAGACGCCAUCUUUAAAGAGCUUCAUUUUAAAACCUUCAAUCAGGCCUUCGGCUUCAUGUCUCGAGUGGCUCUGCAGGCGGAGAAGAUGAACCACCACCCUGAAUGGUUCAACGUCUACAACAAGGUCCAGAUCACGCUGACGACACACGACUGCGGAGGCCUUUCCAAACGGGACAUAAAGAUGGCCAAGUUCAUCGACAAAAUCUCACUGUCCAUGUGACUUCAAAUAAAACUUCCCUGCGGAGGCUUGAAUGCUUUGUUGUCAGGGCUCUUGGUCGCGACACGUGUUGGACGGACAGGCAGGGACCGUUCCCCAAAUGGACCCAGAAGAUUCCUCCAGCCCUCCACAUGUUCCUGUCUCCAGAGUGCAGCAGCGAGGUCAGACUCAGUAGAAAGAGGGAUUUGUGUGAUUUACAAUCUGCUCAGGAAUGACAGCGCCGCUGCUCUUCUCCCCGUCGAUCUACAAAAAUACUCUGCUGCAGAGAAGUAGGUGGCUUCUGUUGGUGCCUUAUACCUUUCUCCCCUGAAGCAGCUUCCUUCCACCUCCAGUUCUGAUCAGACUAUUUCACCUUCCAAUAACAAAAUGUUAGAUUUGCCUUGUGCAGGUCAGUAAGAAUUGUGAACUUUAGUGCCCGUGGGAGCGUUGUUGGGUUUAAACGAAACUGAGUCAAUUCUUUGCUUCCACAGUGACUCUAGUGAUCUUCCCCAGCAUGUGAUGAGCUCCACCUUGUAUCCCCGCAUCGAUCAUUCAUGAACUCAUUCAGGAUAAAACGUGACACUGCCUCACAUGUAAAGACUGUUAGCAUGUUUAGAAUGAAGCACAACAUGGAGGCGGCCAGUAAUCCAUACCGUAACAUCACACUCAUCUAUAUUUGAAGAUUGUCUGGGUCACAUGAGAUGGAGACGCCAAACUUAAAGAUGAGUCAGCGUUAAUCCUCUCACCAAGAUGAAGCUAUUCAUAUGUUCAUAAAGGCUGCGGAACAGAAUGAAUAAACUCAUCUGUUCUGUAUGUAAAUCUGUCCAAAAUGGUUGAUAUGUAAACAAAGCAUGGAAUCUGAAUCGUCCCUAUCGUCUAGUCACCGCAAGAGCUUGAGUUGGGUGUGAGGCAGCAGUCUGCUGUUCCUGUGCUGGUGUGGCUUCCCUUUGUGCACUCUGGUUUCCUCCCUCAGUCCCAAAACAUAUUGAGAUUAUUUAAGACUUGAGAUUGUCUAUUGUGGAGCUGGAGAGUAGCUGGAGUAGUCUACAGCUCUGUGUCACCCCGUUAAAGGAAGAAGGUAAAUGACAGUCAGCGCCUCCUUCUGGUAGCAUGAGGUAUAAAACGAUCGACUUUCAAUUCUAAUCCAAUGAAAAGGUUCAGAACUAGAGUCUGUGGUGAGUUCUAGAGAGGCAGUUGGGUUCCAUUUUUUCUUCUAAUCCGGGCGACACCUUGCUGCUCUGGAAGGCUGAACUUUAAUUUCAUUGAAUCCUAUAAAAUCUCCAGUCAAUCGCACCUGGUUUUACCAGCAACUUCGCCGUACCAGCUAAACAAACAUGGCGGCAGCCAAAUUUGUAGGAGAGAUGAGUAUCAGAUGAGUACGGUUUCAUACUCGACGUUACAUGAUUCUUACGGCCUCCAGAGCCUGCAUUUACAUCGAUUAUAUAAUUUGUUGAAUCUCCAGUGUGAAGGCUGUCCAAGGCCACACACACACACACACACACACAGAUCCAAAGAAAACACAGGGACGUAGUCAGAUCUACUAAAUAUACUAUUCAUCAAAUUGCUAUAUUUAUUCCUGGGAGACUGUUUUAGAUAACCAUUGCACACACACACACACACCGCACACUCAGAGCCAAGUCCACAUUUUGCAGAGGUUGAAAUGAUACCAGACUCUUGUUCUAUUGGCCCUGGAUUGCAGCGCGUCUGGGUCUAGUGAAGUACUUCUCUUGCUUACUGUAUUACCGUUAGUUCCUGAUAGACAUGCAGAAGUGUGUUCGACCAAAAUACCCUUAUUAAAUAAACAGAUCCAUCUGGUCACAUCAAGUCAGUCUCCGUCACCUGAGCCCAUCUCAGCCCCUAGAAUCCUGGUCUCUCCUCUGCAUCAGUGUCUCUUCAGAUACCCAUUUACUCAACACUCAGCAUCAUAAAAUGCAGAGUCAUCGCAUUUUUCGGUUCAGCUUUUGUAUGGCUUCACGUGUCGGGUGACCGGAUGAUUUACACGAGACCACGCUGACCCAGACCGGUCCAGAUGUGUGACCCCUACUGGAUCAUUAUUCUCAGCUGAUGCAACGGCGCUGCAGUGUCCUCUGCACACACGGCUCAGCGGCAGCAGGCGGAGGAAAGAAUGAGGAAGCCUGAAAGUGAGGAGGGAUAAUAGAUGGUGCGGACAGAUAAGACAAAGUGGCAAACAUAGGGAGAGGAAUGGGGGAGUGCUGGAGGGGGCUUUUUCCUCUUUGUGUCGCCCUUAAGAUGGAAAAAUAAUUACUCUCCUCGGUGUAAAUGCCGGAGCUCCUGACAGCCAGG